AAAGAAGUCUUUCGGGGCCGAGGAUCGACACCAAGCAUAGCCGCCGGCAGCACCGCGGCCCCCGGCGGCUCGGGAGGGCAGGCAGGCGCUGCCAAGGGGCCGGGCGAGGCCCAGCGCUCCCCGCAGGCCCCGCCCGCUGGCGGCCCGGCCCCGCUGGCGGCCCGGCCCCGGCCCCGGCCCCGGCCCCGGCUCCGGCUCCUCCUGGGGCGGGGCCGCCGGCAGCGGAGCGGCUGCGGGGUCUCAUGGCGCCGCUGAGGGACUGCCAGGCCUGGCAGGAUGCUGGACUUGUCCUGUCCACGACUAGCAAUGAAGCCUGUAAGCUCUUCGAUGCUGCGCUGACGCAGUACGCCACCUGGACCAGUAAUGAGAGCCUUGGAGGUAUUGAGGGACGUCUCUCCAAGUUAAAAGCAGCAGAUCCUAAUUUUACAAUGGGACAUGUCAUUGCUAAUGGUUUGGAGCUGAUUGGCACUGGAAGUUCGGUGCGGCUCAGCAAAGAGCUGGACAGUGCGAUGAGAACAAUGAUGACGCUUUCAAUAUCACAGCCACUGACUGAGCGGGAGAAGCUUCAUGUAGCAGCGUUGGACAUGUUUGCUAGUGGCCAGCUUCCAAAAGCUUGCAUUCUAUGGGAACAGAUUCUGCAGAGCCACCCAACUGACCUGCUAGCCCUCAAAUUUUCCCAGGACACUUACUUCUACCUGGGAUAUCACAUACAGAUGAGAGAUUCUGUUGCCCGAGUUUAUCCUUUCUGGACACCUGAUAUUCCACUAAGCAGCUACGUGAAAGGCUACUACUCUUUUGGACUCAUGGAAACAAACUUUUUUGAUCGUGCUGAGAAGGUUGCUCGUGAGGCUUUGGCUAUAAAUCAGACAGAUGCAUGGUCUGUUCAUACUAUAGCUCACAUAAAUGAAAUGAAAGCAGACGUGAAGAAAGGGUUAGAAUUUAUGAAAGAAACAGAAACCAACUGGAAGAACAGUGACAUGCUUGCUUGCCAUAAUUACUGGCACUGGGCUUUAUACUUUAUUGAAAAGGGUGAAUAUGAGGCUGCUUUGACAAUUUAUGACAAUCACAUUGCUCCCCGGUGUCUGUCAAGUGGAAGCAUGCUGGACGUGGUAGAUAACUGUUCAAUGUUGUACAGGCUUCGCCUGGAAGGUGUAGAGCUUGGAGACAGGUGGAACAAUACUCUCAAGCUUACAAAGAAGCACACCAAAGAUCACGUUCUUCUGUUCAAUGAUGUGCACAUCUUGAUGUCCUCACUUGGAGCCAAAGACCACAAGACCACUGAUGAGCUUUUAACAACUCUUCAGGAACUUGCCAAAGCACCUUGUGAAGACCAUGAGCUUUCCUUGGCUCCUAGUUUGGGGUUGCCACUGUGCCAGGCUUUUGUAGAGUUUGAAAAUGGAAAUUGCGACAAAGCUGUAGACCUGCUGUACCCAAUCCGUUAUCAACUAAUCCAGCUAGGAGGCAGUAACGCUCAGAGAGAUGUUUUCAGCCAAUUACUGAUUCAUGCUGCUUUAAAUUCUAAAUCACAAGCCAAACAAAACCUUGCAAGGUGCCUCCUGAGAGAACGUGAUGUGAUGAGACCAAAUUCACCGAUGACGGAGCGACUUAUUAGGAAGGCAGCAGCCGUUCAUUCGAUGGCAUAAGCCUUUCUUCUGUGCUUCAGCUGAAAUAGCAGUAAGCUUACCAAUUAAGUCUGGGUGCAGGGAGAGGAAGGGUGCUGUGCUGUAAACCAUGCUAGAGGUUCAGGGUAGGUAAGAGUACCCUGUGAGUCAAGAGAUCUGACUAUGAUUCCCUUUAAAAAAAAAUACACAGCUGUUGCAUUUCAGGAGGCUGUAUCUUAGAUGAUUCCACAAGGAAAGAAGAUGAUAACCUGCUGUUAAUGCACAGCUUUCUGAAGCGUCCUGGGAUGCUGCUUUUCUGGUAUAUUUUCCUGAAAGUUCCCUCUGACCCUGAUCAUAUACAGUAACAGUGCCUGAAUUUCAGUCAUUCAUUGGCCCUAUUUGUUACUUUGUUAAUGUUAACUGCUCAGGUAAUUCAAAUGGACCUUUUAAACACAGCUAAUAGGAAAGUAUGGGGCCAGAGCCAAUACAGGCUCAAACUGAAUUCUGUAUCAAACUUCCAGUCCAUUCAGGCACAAGUCACAGACUCUGGCAUUACAGAUCUGUCUGCAUUCAAGAUCUUUUUCUAGGUGCGUAUUUUUAAACACUCUCAUAAAAUGUAAACUCUUCCCUUACAAUAUAGCACCUCAGAGCUUUCUGAAAUUACUAUGUGAAUGAAACUAGACAAGAUGGAUAUAGCUAACUGUGACUAUACUAACACAAGUACUCCAUUGGCACUUUAAAUCUUUCAUAAAAAACCCUGCAUUUCACCUAGAACAGUACCUUUCAGAGAGUCACCAGUUUGGACUGGUGUCUUUGUGCUUUCCUGAGUAUUUGGAAAGUCAGGUCUUAUUACCAUCUCAAUAGCAUGAGUCCUUACAUGUUAGCAGAGUUUUUAAAAUCAGUGUUAAAGCACACACUUUAUCUCAGAGCAGGUGAAGACUGGAAGGGAGCUUCUGCCACAGAAAGAGCUAAGGGGAACUGACACAAAGCUUUGUCCCACCAGCGCAAGUGAUGUGACAACCUUUGGUGCUGCAGAUAUGAGCCAUGUACCUCUGUGAAGUUCUGAUGCCUCUGUAUUCCAGAAGCAUAACAGAGCUAACGGGUUGUCUUGCAGCAGGAAUCCAUAAAUCCCUUAAGAAGGGAAAGAUGAUAUUUCAAACCAAAAUUGAACUAAUGAAUGCCACCUCUUUUUUUUUUUCCCCUGGAUAGAAAUCCCAUACUCUUCAACUGCCCAAGUUUUGGCUUUGUAUUGCCAGCUGCAAGCUCUCCUGGACACACAUGCACCUGCUCCUCUUUCCUGUCCAGCUUGGGCUCUUCCCCACCCCACAGCAGCCCCAUCCCACAUAGUUUCCUUUUGACAUAAAAAAGCACUUUUGUAGCUGCCCUUGCACUGCUGCUGGAGUUCUUGCUUAGAGGAAUAAGACACAGAAGAGCCUUGCUGUCACCCUUCUUCUCCCAGCCCUCACCUGAGGAAAAAAGUUUAUUUUUAAAUCGAUGGUAAUUAGUAAAAGCAGAUAAGGGUAUCGCAUCCUUGCCUCCAGUCUUUUGAAUCCUGCAGACAGUUGUAGUUCCCUGUUCUUCAGCUUUGUCUGUCCAGCCAUGACUGUGAUUGACUCACUCUGUGCUAAAGUCAUACUAGAUCUUUACUAUUGGUUUUGAUCAGUGCAUUUCAAGCAAUGACUUUAAAUGGAUAAUGUUUUUACUCAAGGAAUAUAACAAAUCUUACUAAGGAACAAAAGCCUGAGAAAUCUGCUGGCUGUUUAUGAAGUGUGUGGUUUAUAUGAUCCAUUGCUACAUAAAUUUAAGAAUGACAUUUGUAGUGCUUCUGAUACAAUGUGACUGAGAACUUUGCUUCGCAUCAAUAAAUUCAAAGAUGUGCUCGGCUGAGCAGCAAGUAUAUGA